UCUGAUUAUGCAUAAAUGUAUGUAUUUUUUUCUAAUUUAUUUAUUUGGUUGUUCACAUUUAGGGCUGAUUACUGGAAAUCGCAGCCAAAGAAAUUCUGUGGUUACUGCAAGUGCUGGAUAGCAGACAACAAACCUAGCAUUGAAUUUCAUGAAAGGGGAAAGAACCAUAAGGAAAAUGUGUCCAAGAAAAUUAGCGAGAUUAAAAAGAAAAGUAUGGAAAAGGCAAAGGAAGAAGAAAAAAUGUCAAAGGAAUUUGCAGCAAUGGAGGAGGCUGCACUGAAAGCAUAUCAAGAGGAUCUGAAAAGGCUUGGACUUAAUUCAGAUUCUACAGGUCCCAGUUCAACGCUAAGUAAACAGGAGGAAAAGGAAGAAAAGAAAGAAAAAAAGGAAAAGAAAAAAAAGCGAAAAGAUACCUUAGAAGCACCAUCAUACAAAGUAAAGAAAUGGGUGCAAGGACUUUCCCCUGAGGGUUACACAUAUUACUACAAUAAUGUAACAGGAGAAUCUCAGUGGGAGAAGCCCGAAGGAUUUCAAGGCAACUUUCGAAACUCACAAAUGAUGGGAGCAUGGGUGGAAGGAGUCAGUGAAGAUGGUCAGAUUUACUAUUACAAUACAGAAACAGGAGUAUCAACAUGGGAAAAGCCUGAUGGUUUUGUUUCACCUUCGUAUGAGAGCAAUAAAGAUGACAAUCAUCCUGAAGAACACACCACAGCAGAUUCAGAGGGAUCUGAAUCAGAUACUGAGGCAGGUGGUAAUAAAAGUGAAGUAAAAAAGCCAAAAGCCAACUUAAAGGUGAAAAGAGACAGUGAUGAAGAAACAGAGGAAGAGAAGCCUCCCAAAGUUAAAAAGACAAGCCCGUAUGGAGAGUGGCGGGAAGUUAAACAAGAAACUGAUGUUGCUCAGGAGGAGGCCCCAUCGGUUCCACAAGCCACCUCCCACAAUGUAUCGAAAAAGACAAACCCCUAUGGAACCUGGGAGGCAGUUACAAAAAAGGAAGACCCAUAUGAAAAAGUGGACCUGGAGCUUCCCAAUAUAGAGAGUGACUUUAUACCUCUGCCAGUGCUGCAGGCUCCAGAGGAUGCAAAAAUGAUAUUUAAAGAAAAAACAGUCACUUCCCUUGGAGACCUGACGGAAGAGGUGCCAAUCUUCAAAAAGAGAAGAUUUGAAAAUGGAAAAUCUAGAAACUUACGACAAAGACCAACUGAUCAAUAACAAUUUAACAGAGCAUUUCAGAUGCUGUUUAAAAGAGAGAGGAUCAAAAGUUACUAUUUUAAACAAGACUUUUUUAAAGAAAAUGUUGGCUAGAAGUUAAGACUUUAUAGUUCUUUAAAAAUGUAUGGAAUGUGAAUUGUAAUACUUUUUUAAUUUUUAUGUUGAUGUGAUUAUAUUUUGGUUUCUGAAUGGAGAGUUGUACAAUUUAUGCAGUGUUGUAAAUACAUUUAUUUUUUAUUUUAACCCUGUUACCUGAAUUCAAUUUGCUCAAUAUGUACUACUUAAAAUACAAUAUAAUAUAAAAGUGUUUGACUCCUCAACUAGGUAUAUGGGAAUACAUCAAGGCAUAAUUUGGAAAAAUAUGGUACUGAAAGUGUGUGUGAACAUGAGGCAGUAAUCCACUGGUAACUAUGUACUAGAAAGUAGAAUUAAGACAUAAUAUGAUAUAAGCAGAAUGGACUUCUAGCAAAUGUGCUUUGAUUUAAUGGUCACAAAAUUGAAGAUGAUGCAAGUGCAACCACUCCAAGCACAGUGGGAGAUGUGUGUUCUAACUCAAGUUAAUGGAACACAAUACUGCAUGUAUAUGAAAAAUAUAUUGCAAGUACACAGAGA